AUGGAAUUGGAGAAUGAUACACAGAUUUCAACAUACCUUCUUAUGAGAUUUUCAGAGGAACCCCGAUUUCAGCCCUUCCUCUUUGGGCUGUUCCUGUUCCUGUACCUGGUCACCAUGCUAGGGAACCUGACCAUCAUCCUGGCCAUUAUCUCAGACUCCCACUUCCACACUCCCGUGUACUUCUUCCUCUCCAACCUGCCCUUUUCUGAUAUUUGUGUUGUCUCCACCACUGUCCAUAAGAUGCUGCUGAUUAUACAGACACAGAGCAAAGCCAUAACCUGUAAAGGCUGGAUCACACAGAUAUUCUUUGUUAUAUUCUUUGUAAUUUUGGACAACAUUCUCCUGGCUGUGAAGGCUUAUGACAGUCUUGUGGCCAUCUGUCACCCCUUCCACUAUACAGUCAGCAUGAACACACUCUGUGUGUUGCUGGUUCCGGUGUCCUGGAUUCUGAGUGCCUUAAAUUCUUUAUUACAAAGCUUAAUGGUGUUGCAGCUGUCAUUCUGUACAGACUUGGAAAUCCCAGACAUUUUCUAUGAACUUUAUCACAUGGUCAACUGGGUCUGUUCUGAAGUGUAG